CGCCUCGUCUCCGCCUCUACAGAAAUAGAAAGGUUGGACGGAAAAGCGCGUUCUGAAGUGAGCGUGAAGAGGACACAUCAUCAUCUCAGCAGCAGCUGCAGUAGCACACAUUCAGUCCGGGUUCAGACUCAGAGUAAAUCUGUCUGUACCUUCAGUAAAUCUUAAUUUUGCUCAGCAUCAUUAUCAGUACCGUCUGAAACUAAACAGAGGGGACGAGCUCUCUGUUGCCUGGGGAGUGUCUGUACUUUAUCUUUAUUGGCCAGACUCUGAAUACAAAGUGCCCUUUUAAGAGAGAAACUAGCCCACGUUUGUUUCUAUCACAGUGUUAAAUUGACACAGGGUUAUUUUUGAGUGGAAUGGCAUUGGACUUCGCUGCGGGCUGCUUUGGAGGUGCUGCUGGUGUUUUGGUUGGACAUCCAUUUGACACUGUGAAGGUGGGUGUCUGUUCAAUUCUUGUUACUGUUUACUUGUGUGAGGCAAUGAUCCAAAAAGUUUUACGUCAGUCCACCCUGUUGGCAGCCUGAGUUUGUGUCUUGAUAACCUUAAGGUUACUCAGUCAACCAACAGGAAUGGCACGAUUGACCUAGAGAAAUGGGCCAUAUGGUUACUUUUAGUCCUUUUAUUAGGAAAGAUGGAUUUGGAAUUAUGAAUCACAUGCAAGUGUGUUUACAGUUGUGUUAUUAGCAUUAGGUCAGUGGAUUGCCAUUAAUAGCAUAACCAAGGCCCUCCCUAAUCCAGUACAUUUGUGAUUAACUGCAAAGUCAAAGAAAGUAUGAACUGCUCUAAUAUAAAAGCACUUGUUAUUAAAGUCAAAACUGAAUGUAAAUCUGUUAGAAUUUUCUUGUGAUAUCAGUUUUUUUAUUUUUUCCACUUGCAUGAUUUUAUAGGAAAAUGACAAGGAAGUUUACAAUCUAGCAUACAAUGCAGCAUGCACACAGAGAUGGUGAUUGGUUUGGUUGUAGCUCUUGUUUACGUUGCAGUCAAUGUCAUUUCUGCCUGAGCUGGUGUCUGUUUUGGGGGCCGGGGGGAAGCUGUAUUUAACAGCAACAGUGUCACUGUGUUAUAGAUGAGAGAGAGAAAUAAACAACCUCUCCACGGAAAUGUGACCUAGUGCGGCUUCAAGUCCAAAAUGUGGACAGACCUCUUUACCGUGGAACAUUCCACUGCUUCCAAUCCAUCAUACGCCAAGAGUCGACACUCGGUCUGUAUAAGGGCAUCGGCUCUCCAAUGAUGGGACUGACCUUCAUCAAUGCCAUAGUAUUUGGUGUCCAGGGCAAUGCCAUGCGCAAGCUUGGCCGCGACACACCGAUCCACCAGUUCCUGGCUGGAGCCUCCGCUGGAGCCAUCCAGUGCGUCAUCUGCUGCCCGAUGGAACUGGCCAAGACGCGCAUGCAGAUGCAGGGGACUGGAGAGAAGAAGUCUAAAAGGAAGUUGUAUAAGAACUCGUUGGAUUGUCUGGUGAGAAUCUACAACAGAGAGGGAAUCCGCGGUAUCAACCGCGGCAUGGUGACCACCCUGCUGCGCGAGACCCCCGGUUUCGGCGUGUACUUCCUCACGUACGACGUGCUAACGCGCUCCCUGGGCUGUGAGCCAGAAGACACGUACAUGAUCCCCAAGCUGCUGUUCGCCGGUGGAAUGUCGGGCAUCGCGUCCUGGCUCUCCACGUACCCCGUGGAUGUGAUCAAGUCACGUCUGCAGGCCGACGGCAUCGGCGGCGUCUACCAGUACAACGGCAUCAUGGACUGCAUCAGGCAGAGCUUGAAGAAGGAGGGGUGGCGAGUGUUCACGCGCGGACUCACGUCCACUCUGCUGCGAGCGUUUCCGGUGAACGCUACCACGUUUGCCACCGUGACUCUGUUUUUGUUGUACAUGCGUGAGGGACAGGAGUGCAGCAUUCAGGACUCUGAGCCACCGUCUGUGCAGCUGCAGCCUCUGCAGCCACAGACGCAGGCGAGCAGCAUGUAAGUCACCGCGCAGCAGCGAGCAAUCACUACAGUCCUCAGCAAACCUGUCGAGUAUAAAUGGAACGAUCCGAUUUGUCAGCCAAGUGGCCAUGUAGUAUUUAAAUAAUAUAUAUGUGUAUAUAUAUAUAUAUAUAUAUAUACACAUAUAUACUGUAUUUUGAGAUGCAUUCUGCACUUGUAAAUAUGAUCUCUUUUUAAAGACGCGGGGGUUUGAAUUUUAAGUAAUUUGAGAGACUUUAGAGUUACAGGUGUCAAAGAAAUCAUGAAAUACAGCUUCUACAAUGGUGUUCAGGUCAUGAUUUGUAUGUGUAAUUAUUUUAACAGCUUCGCUUAGGUUGGAGUGAGGUGCAUAGAGAUUGACAAAAAGGGUUAAUGCACAUUAUUGUCCCUUUCCAUAAAUUUGAAUCAAUUAAAUGAA